GGCUCUGUCAUCCAAGUCUGUCAAAGAUUCGCAAACUCAUAAUACUGUGCAAUCUUUUCUCUUGGUAUUAAUUGUUGAUAAGAUAUGAAAUAAUUGAUGCAGCUAAGUGAAAUAAAAUAAAAUUGAAAAUUUAAUAGCAGCAAUCAAACUCGGCUCGUUGUCGGUAUAUAGAUCGAUUUCUAUGAUAAAAUAAUCGAGAAUAAUUGUCGAGAUAUUGAUUUUGGAACUAAUUUUGGAAUUUAAUAAUUUUGUCGACAUUUCACUCACAAUCAAUUCUUGUACUGUAUGGAUGGGUUGCCAGAUAUCCCGAAAAAAUGAUUCAGAUCAAUCAAACGAUCUAGUCAUUACGGCCGAAUCACAAUCAACAAUGACCAAUCAGUAUCCCGAUGCGGACAUCAACUACAAGGCUAGAUUGGAAAAGAAAUUGUGUUUGGCAAAGGAAACUCCCGAACCUGAAUUCGAUCUUUCCGAUUGUCAGCUGAAAGAUGUGCCAUCGGGAGUGUUUGUUAUGUGUAGAGUGUUACGAAAAGAGAAACUACUGCUGAAUCGAAAUAAAUUGCGAACGCUGAACGGUGGUGGUCUAUUGGGAGACUUGACGUUGUUGCAGAUACUCGAUUUGAGAUGGAACAAUUUACGAAAAUUACCGGAGAACCUUUCUGUUCUGCAGAACCUGCGUGAACUGAUGGUUUCCCACAAUCAACUUGAGUCACUUCCGUCGAGCAUUAACCGCAUGAGAAACUUGGAAUUACUCGACGUGUCGCACAACAAUCUCACCGAAAUCAAUCCAAUCAAUUGCAUGUCACACCUUCGGAUUCUGAAUAUUGCAGCCAAUCCGAAAUUAUUCACUCUACCGAACGAACUGGCCACCUGUGAUAGUCUUGUCGAUAUAGUGCUGUCCAAUGAAAUAAUUACCCAUCCGCCGGCAAAUGUAUUGGAACUAGGAACAUUGCAAAUUUUAAAUUUUCUAACCACGGGCGAAGUGGAUAUGAAUGCACAACCGCAGAGGAUACCGUGGCAGGAUUCACCGGUUUUGGUUUCAGAGGAAUUUGGUGCUGUGAAUGAUACUAAGUUUGAAUAUACGAAAUUUGCUAAUCAAAAGUUUAUAGAACACGAACAGCUAGAAACAAACUCUCAACUGGAGGCCCAGUUGUAUUUGAAGCAACAGAAGCGAAAUCAAGAGUUUUUGGAACAGCUGUUACAGCAGCAAAAUCAAAACGAUGAUCUAGUUAACAAAUUGCAGCAGGAAAAGGAUUCACAACGAAAUAAACUGAUCGACGAUAUAUUGGAAGCCGAAAGAAAUGCCAGCCUUGUCGUGGAAAAUCUUCUCAAUCUCAAAAAUGAGCCCGAUCCAACGUUGCUGGAACUGGAGCACCGAGAACAGCAAAUUUUACUCGAACAGCUUCACAUUCAACACGAUGAUCUGCGUAAACAAGAGGUUCUAUCCGCAAUGUCCAACAUUCUGGCAGCCGAGGCCAAGAAAAUCGAAAAUUACCAGGAUCAGCGAGACAUUACCACUCGGAAUAUACUGAACAAUGAACACGAAACAAAUCUGUUGCUCAGCAAUAUGUUCGCGAACAACGAUCGAGACCGGACUGAAGUUGUGAUAAAGAUAAUGCAAGACGAAGACUUGCAGAAGAGUGCCGUAGUCACGCUGAUAGCUGGGAAUGAUGCGAGAACGUGGGGCUUGAUGGAACAGAUGCGUAUUGUGGAGUCACAGUUAGCCGCAAUGACUUGUUACGAAAUCGAACGCAAGAAAUUGACUGCGGAUGAACAAUUGAACGAGCAAUCUAGUCAACGGCUGAAUUUGACCUGCAUUUUGAUCGAUUUAAUGGAACAGCAAGAGAGUCGACGAAAACAGCUCUUCGACACUCUGAUCGACAUUGAACAGCAAAACAAAUUUCAACAAGAAGAUUUCUGGCUUCUGCAAUACCAGAAGCUUAUCGACUCAAGGCCAGCCGAUUUGUCCGUAUCUGCAAAUAGUGUUGAUCCUGCGCUCGGUUACAAUUUCCUUGUAAAUGGUGUGGUUCACUGUUUGCCUUUCUUAUCGAAAAUUUGGCACACUAAGGGAAAAGACCUGGCUAGCAUUACGGACGAUGACUUGAGUUCGGCUGGAAUUUCGAAAGCAAUCGAUCGAUCGAACAUACUGUUAUCUAUCAAACAGUUUCUGGACAUGGAUCGACCGGUCACUGCAAGCUCUUCAAUUAAGCAAUCGGAUAGUGUUGCUGAUGUUGAUGUUCAACAACCAACGAUUGCUAAGGAUGAUAUGCAGAAAGGGGAACUAUUGGCGGAGUGCGUCAUUUGCAUGGAAAAUUCGUGCCAGAUCAUAUUUUUGCCGUGUGGUCACAUGUGUUGCUGCCUGAACUGCCACAACGAUGUUCAAUUAUGUCCGAUGUGCCGUUCUGAAAUCGACCGCCGAAUCAAAGUGAUUCAGCCUUAAAGAAAUCCUAUACUAUACACGAAACCGAGGAUACCAUAAUUCGUACACACGUGAGGGUGUUGUCUUAUUGAAAUUUUUAAGAGUUUAAUUCUUAGCACAAUAUGAGACUUGAAUAUGAAGCAUCCUAAUUUCUAUUUUUCCAACUGUGUGGAAACAAAACACAUACACACAAAAGACGGUGAUUGAUGUGCUUGUGAAGUGAUUAUCUAACUUGUUUUUUUGAUUCAACACAUCGAUUGCAUCGUUAAAGCAAUAUUAUAGCGUUGCCAAAGCAUUAAAUAAGGAAAUUUAAAACAAAAAUUUAUUUCACCUCGCUGGUUUUUGUUAGUUGCAACGCCAAACAAUCGUGAGACAUGUUCUUAGUUAUUUAAAGGAUGGUUAGGAUUUUAGAUGAGUCUUAGACUAAAUGGGACUAUAUUGAAAAAUAGCACCCCUUCGGGGUGAGAAGGGAGAUUAAAAAUCAUCUGAGAAAUUCUCUUGAAAAUUAAGAGGAUUUUCUUUGUCGAUCUUUAAGGAUUUUCCUCAACUGUGGAAUGUUUCCGGGCAUAUUUUUAGGAUGUACGUACUGAGAAUUUGGAGUAAAUUUAAGGUUUUUCUUGAAAAAGAAAAUCCAUUUUUCCAAUCGAUUUUAUUUAUUGGCCGGAUGAACAGGUCGGCUAAGACUAAAGUCGUCUGACUUUACAAAUCGACGAAAAUUGAUAUUCGAGCAUAAAAUUCGAAUUUUGUUGGUCCCCACAACCCGAGCGAACUCAACAACAAAGAUUUAGCACGAACAGAACGAGGGAUAAAUGCAAAAUGAUCUAAAAUCAAUCAUACAACAUAGGCGUACCGAAUGUAACUUUUGAAGCUAGUAGAAGAAAUCGCAGGUAAUAGUAUGUUGCCGGCCAGCACAGUGCUCUAGAAAUCUGUCUGCACCUGUUUUUUACCUCAAUCAUCUGUUAUUGAUAACGACCUAAAGAAUAAACCACAACCUCUGACUAAUGCGGUCUUAUAUAAUAGCAAACGCAUGUUCAGAGUAAUGAAGUAAAAGAUUUUAAAUCAAUCUUUUGAAUGAAGCUAUAAUUUUCUACAUGACUGGGAAAACACAAUUUUUGAUGGUCAUUUAGACCACUGUAAGUUUGAAAAGUAAGACCCAUUUUGAGAAUACUUUGGCCGAACGUUAUCUCGAACGAAAAUUUGUGGAAUAUCGGCGAAGUUGAAGAUAUAUGGCAACGAUGAUUAGGAGAAGAAAAUGGAUCUAGAUCGGACACACUCUACGUAGAUCCAGCGACGACAUAGCAAAAGCUGCGCUAGAUUGGAACAGAAAGAGAGGACGUCCAAAAAUUACGUGGAAAAGGACGAUCCAGCAACCAAGGAAAAACCUGGAAUGAAGUCAAAGCCUUGGCGAAGAAUCGUGUUCGCUAACGAUAUUUUGUUGGUGCCCUACGCUCCCCCGCGAAGUAGGACAAGAUGAUGAUGAUUGAAAAUUAGGCACAUAGAUAUGCUGAUUCCAUAUCAAAGAAGACAAUAUGAGUUGACCCAUUAUUCGGAGACGUGAGUUGCUCAAACGUUUGUUAGAUUUUACCCUUUAAAAUAUUUCUCCGCAAAAAGGGAACGCGAUAGUUAAAAUUAAAUGUUUGUUAUAGUAUUUAGGCAGCUAGACCGGCUACCAUCUACUUCACCAUUCAUACUUCUUUGUGGGUACUGAGUUGAGAUACUUUUAAGUAAUUUUAUGAAGAUUACACAAAAAUGAAAUUGAAUUUUAGGUUUAGGAAAUCUAGGGCAAAUUUGAGAGACUUUUAGACUAUUUUAGGAAUUCCUAAGGAAGAUCCUAUUCAACUUACGUUACUGAAGAAUUUGUGAGGGAAUGACCAGGUAAAAUGGUAAUAAAUAACAAAAUUCUGUCAAGUUAAUGUUCACGGUGAAUUUGUGUGAAUAUCUAGCACAAUGGAAAAUUCUUAAACGAACACAAUAAUAUUAAAACGUUUUGCCGUUGCAACUAAUAAGAAUCGUCUGACUCUUUUUUCAGAAUUACAUUUUUUUGUAAAUAUUAUCGUAUUUUACCUUACUUUUUAGAUUUUGAUAUGAUUGAUCGAAGAAAAAAAAAAAUACACAAAAAAAUGGAAAAAAAUGAAACGCUUUAACUCAAUUUACUCAUAUUAGCUAACUUUCUAGUCUAAAGUGAAAAUGUAUAAUCGAAUUUCUUCUUCUUUUCCGAAAAAAAAAAAAUUAUUCAAACUUUGAACUUUAGUCAUUUUUAUACGAAUUAUUAUACACAAAAUCAAAUACAGAAAUAUUUACGUUCAAUUUCUACAAGCUGUACACUAUAAUGUUAUAAUAAUAGUAAUUGGUGGUUGAUUAACCUUUCAUUGACGGCCAUCUCACGUAUUAUCGACGACACACUUUAACAUUAAUUUUUACAUCGGGUCAUUGAAGAGAGAUUUAUCAAAAUCAGUUAAACAGUCAUCCUUAACGUUAUAACUUUAUACAAGUUGUAACGUUAUUGUAUGGAUUUUUUGUAUUUCCGUUAAAAUUCGUAACGCUACAAGCACGUUAUGCAAGCCCUCUAUGACGUUACAAUUUUAUUUCUAAAAAUCGUUCAGUAUGUUGAUACAGUAGUUUUUACAUAAAGACCUCGUACAACCUCGGUACCGUUACGGGAGGUAACUUUCCAUUUUUGGUUCUGACGAUAACGUUGCAUUUUAAUUUUAUAAGUUUUUGUAACGUCAGUGAACGAAACAAUAACGUUAUGCCGUUAAGCGGUUGAACAACUCAAUAGCGCAAUGUGUAAGUCGAGACUACACAUUGAAUUAUUGACUUGCCAGUUGUGGGUUCGAAACUCAAUCGCAACACAAAUAAUUCGCUUCAUCAGGCUGUUGUCCACAAUAAUGGCAUCUGCUUGAAUCGUUUAUUAGAUUGCGUCUUGGAUUAAGUACCGAUAACGUCUCUUUGUGCUACAUGUAAGUAAUCGUUGGUUGGAAAUGUCAGCAGUGAGCCAAAAACCCGUUGACGGUGUGAGUUGUCUUUUUAAAGCCCAAUUUUAUUUUUCUUAUAAUUCACUAAUUAUUUUAACGUUUCUUAAACUUAUAGUACAUAUUGACUUCAUCUUUUAUUACAAUUCCAACAAUAAUAAUGUUGAAGCUUUUAAAAAAACAGUGUUAGUGAAUCAUAAGAAAAAUGAAGGUGAAAUUAACUGGUUUUGAAAAAAUCACUCUUAUGGUAUUGGUCUGGAAGCGAAAUGAAUGUUAAAACUGAUCCGAGUCGAAGAUUUUGCGUUUAGAAAUGAUAAAAGAUAAAAUGGUGAACAGAGACGAUAAUUUAUUAUGUUUGUCGUCUGUGAAAGGUUAACAUCGUAACAUUUACCGUGAAGUCCAUUGAUAUGCAAUGAAGGCCUAAUCGUUUUCCGUUAAUUUUGAUCCCAACUUUUGUGCGAAAAGAGCAUUAUUUGGCUCGGUGUAUGAAAAUAUUCUAGGUAAUAUCAAAAUUACCCCACAAUUUCGAGUCGAACUGUGACAGUAUCGGGAUGUUCUAGUUUUGCUUCGUGUAAAUUUCGUUUCACUUAAUAAUUUUCCUUUGUUGAAGUGUGGAAUUAUCUUCCGAUUUCCACUAUGUUUUGUUCAAUCUUUAUCUUUGUAAAACAAUUACGUUCAAUGCGAUGAAAAAAUAUCAUUCCAUUCAGUUCCAACGCCAUCUAUAAGUAGGGGGAAAAUCUCCUUGUCUUGUUAAUUUUUAAAAUAAGGAAUUUCCGUCCAAAAAAACUUUCGAUUGUUAUAAUUCAAUUCGUUAAGAAAAGAAAGGAAUAACAUUGCCACUUUCAAUGGUCUGAACGGUAUCGUAAAAUAUUUUCAUUAAAAAAGAUGAAAAAUAUUACCAGAAUCCAACGCACCACUGUCGAAUAUGUUCAUUAAAUUAAAAACAAUGUUAAAUGUUAAAUUCAAAGGAUAAUAAGUGACCUUAAAAGUGCAUUUAUGAUCGUUGGUGUUAUGUACUUGUUUUAAUCUCCCAGUAUCAACACCGUACAGUACACACACAAAAUUUGGAUACACUUUUUACUUUUUAGAAACGGUAAAAUCAUGAUCGUCUGUUACCUUCGGCAAUGAAAUGUUUUCGUAUGUAGUGAUAUUUUGAACAAAAAAAGUAACAGAUCCAAUGUUAAAAUGGUGAUAUGUUUGUCGUUUCUAAAAAGUUAAAGUAAACAGUGAAAGCGAUGAGCACAAAAAUUGUGUGUUAAGCGAUGAUUGUUAUCCUGGCCGAUGUUAGUUCAUCUUUUGUAUUAAUAUUAAUACUCUAAAAUCGCCACAUGUAAAGAAAGUUUAUCGUCUUUACGGCCGGUAAGAAUUAAGUAAAUAGUCGCAAAAUGGCCCAGGGUUAAUUAUACAUAAAAAAGUGGAUUAAAUUGUCAUUUUACAUCUGUGAUGGACGGUAGAUUUUAGGCAAUUUCGAGAGUUGCAGCCCGAACGAAGUGAGGGCGACAAGCGAAAGUGCCUAAAAUCAACCGUCUACAACAGAUGCGUGUACAACUUUUCAUUCUGAGGGCCUAAAUUACGAGAAAAUUCAGAAAUUUGUGCAAAGGCCUGAAAACGAAAUUACCUCAACCCACCUAUACCUAUUCGUUUAUCCCUCUUUCAUUUCAUCAGCAACGUGAUUCUCAAGAUAAUCCUAUCAGUUUGUUGAAAUUUGUCAAACUUUUCAUUCUCUAUUUACAAGUUAGGGCCGACGCGAAACAAUUGCUUAACGCACCAGGUGCUAAAUUAUUUAAAUUCAAAGCUUUUACUGUUUGUGUUCAUCGAACAAACGAAAAAAAAAAAUCGUUCACUCAAAGAGCACUGCUAAAUAUAAAGUGUUUCCACCUGACAUAUUUCGUACAUUAAUAUUCACACACCCUGAAAUUUAAAGUGUUGUUUUCAUAAACAGAACAACCGAAUGCCAGCCGUUUGUUAAUUAUAAUGGGCCGUAAUUUAUUUAUUUAUUUCGGAGACCACGGCCUAUCAGAAUUAAUUGAACAAAAUUUGUAUUCUUUGAAAUUCUUAAAUGGAAAUUAAAUUUUUAACUUUAUUUUGUCAUAUAUAUUUUGAAAUGAUUUAUUUAACCAUUCGGACACCACUUCCUUGUCACCAACUGUAAGAAAGUGUGAAGAAACAGUUUUUUUUGGAAGGGUGUCUCGUCUCACAUAUAUAUUUGUUAUUCAAGCAUAUUAUUAUUCUCAUUAUUAUGAAAUUUAAAAAUAAAAAA